UCCACCAAUGGACUGAGGCCAGUUAAUUUUAAAAACUUAACGUAAACUAAGAUCGUGUUAGGUACUCGCGAUGUCUCGCGAUUUGUCUACUCUAACCUACAAAACAUAAGAAAACGUUCCAAAGCACGCGUCUUCGUGAAUGACACGAACUAUAUGACAAUGACCUACGUAUGACCAAAUACAUGAAGUUAACGGGACCAAACGGGCUGACAUACUGUUAUGAAAUUCAAGUUUUGUUCGGACGGCGACUGCCCGCUGUGGGCGCUGGCGGCGCUGCACGCGCUCGGCAGCCUGCCCGCCGCGGUGUUCCGAGCGGUGCUACAACAUAUCGUAGACGAGCUGCCUGAAGACGGAAUCAUGGAUAUAUUAAAGGAUACUAGUUUAUCGUCCCGCGAUGAAUCCGCCAGAGCGGCAGCAGCCAUCCGGUGGGUGUUGCGGCAAACCUGGCGCGGCGGCUGCCCUGGCACCCAGCUGACUCGUGAUCUCCUGGUGCUCGGACUGCCGAGGACACACGCGUCAGCGCUGGCUGAAGCGGCAGACAACGGCCGGGAGGCGUAUGAGGCUAAAAUACAGAUGAGUGGAUUCAUGGUCAACAGGCUGACAGACGUAACGACCAGCCCCGGGCCCGAAGGUACAGUGGACACAAUAAAGCUGUCGCUACACUCGGACGACGUCACCGGCGAACGUACACAAGACACCGUGCUGGUACACAAGUCGCAGGUGACGACCCUGCUUAAGGAGUUGAAGCAGGCUUAUCUAAAAAUUGAAGAGUUGGAUGGUGUGAAAUAGAUGCAUACAUUUAUGUAUUUAUACUAAUGUAUUCGUUUAAGAUUAAGCUAUAUUUAUUUAAAGGCGUCGUCAGCUCCACUACUUAAUUCCUUAUUACUGAACAUAUUGUUAGAGAAAUGAACUCUUGGUAGUGUUUGAAAUAAGUAAAAGCUAUAAUAGAAUGUGUGGUUUACUUAAGUCGAAAUAAGUGUGAUAAUGUGGGGUACACUUUUUAUCGGUAUCUACCUAAUGCUGUACCUAAUAAAUAAUGAUUUCGCUCAUAUGAAUAAAACGGCAUUCCAAA